AUGGGGAAACCACGGAUGAUCAUUCUUAUCCGCCAUGCGCAGUCAGAAGGCAACAAGAACCGCGAUAUCCACCAGACAACCCCGGAUCACCGAGUCAAACUCACACCCGAUGGAUACCGUCAAGCCCAAGAGGCAGGCCGACGACUACGAGAACUUCUCCGCCCCGAUGAUACCCUUCAUUUCUUUACGUCUCCUUAUCGCCGGACGAGGGAGACCACUGAAGGUAUCCUAGACUCAUUAACUUCAGACGACCCGGACCCCUCGCCGUUCCCGCGGAAUACGAUCCAAGUCUACGAGGAGCCCCGGCUACGAGAGCAGGACUUUGGAAACUUCCAACCAUGCUCGACAGAAAUGGAGCGAAUGUGGAUGGAACGGGCAGACUACGGCCACUUCUUUUACCGCAUUCCCAACGGCGAGUCGGCGGCAGACGCAUACGACCGCGUGAGUGGGUUUAACGAGUCCCUGUGGCGACUAUUUGGCGACGAUGACUGCGCUAGUGUUUGCGUCCUCGUUACACAUGGUCUCAUGACUCGGGUGUUUCUAAUGAAAUGGUACCAUUGGAGCGUGGAGUACUUCGAGGAUCUUCGCAACAUAAACCACUGCGAGUUUGUAAUCAUGACCCACAAUGAAGACAACGGGAAAUACACAUUGCAGAACAAGCUCCGGACCUGGUCCGAUCUACGAAAAGAAAGAGAUGCCGAGAAGAAGCGCGAACGAGAAGCACAAGGGCUGAGUCCUACUAUUCCCCCUCCCCCAGAGCAUAUCCCCAUACGGCGAAAAUGGGGUGGCUGUCCUGAUGGAUGUACCCAUGGCCUGUCUGCUGAUGCCAAAAAGACUCUCCGGGGGAGGAUGUUCGAAACAAUGCGCCAAGAGAAUGACAACAACCGGGAAGGCGCUGAACCAAAAUCGGCUACAUCGGCUUCCAAAGACACAGAUCAAACGUACAGAUCUAAACCAGGCGGUUCACAAGAUGGCUCUGACUUCAAUGAAGAAAACUCCGAAAGCGAUCAUGCACAAUCCAAUCCUCGACCCGAAGUCGAGGCCGAGGAGGCAAAAAGAUACAGAACCGGUGACUCCAGUUCCGAUUCGCGAAUCAACAAUAUUUCUCGCCCUAUCCGACCAGUUCCUCGAGGUCUUCGUCGAGAUAGUGAGGACAAUCUCCAGCACCCAACCGCUGCAACGUCAUCCACAGCAUGUCUAAAGCUAGCUCUUCUUCACCUAAGAGGCCGUGACGGAGGUGGCUCCAUGAGCGGCGCAAACAGCCUCGCCCCAUCUGAUGACGAGGCAGAAGACAACUAUACAACACAGCCAGUUUCCGCACAUCUCCAAUCAAAGCCCGCAUUGAACGUUCCUUCGCAAAAUGCAGAAGAUGACGGCGAUGACGAGCUCAGCGCGCACCAUACGGAGGAGGCAAAAAGGGUUCGCCCUCACAAUAAUCAUUACACUCAUCAUCAUUACCACCACCAGACUAUGAACGACUCGCAUGGUCACACUUCUCACCAUCGCUACAGCUCUUCCACAAGUUCAUCGCAGCCGCUGCACCGCAUGGCUAAUAUCCUUGGGGACGGCGAUGAUGUUUCACAACACUCUGACGGACAUACCCCCGAAUCAAGUUAUCGAAACCCUGAGACAAAGUCUUCGAACAAGAACCAUAAUGAACCAGAGGAAAAAGAAAACCUUACACUGGAAGAGCAGCAACGACAAGAUCAGAGUGUGCAAGGGAGCAUAUACUGA